CGCUCGCCAAUUCCUAGGAGGGCCUUGCCUUUUAGUUGGCUCCAUUUCCUGCUGCAGCGGACGAGAGGGAGAGGUCUGCGAAGCUCGCUAUUUGCGGUCAAGGACGUAGUUGGGGCUUCUGCUGGGAUAGAGCUGUGCUGGCGUGGAUGAUGUGAUAGAGGAGAUAAGCUCUUAAUACGGACAGAGGUGGAUGAGCCUGGAAGACGGCACGCUUUGGGGAGCUCUUCAUAACAAGCUUGGAAUGGAGUCCAUUUGCUUGCGAUAAAAGGAGUAGAAAACCUUUCUCAGACCAUGUUCCGCUUUUAAUUGGGUCAGAGCUGAAACGAAAACCUCUCAUUUCAAAAUAACAAAGGACAUCAGCUGAUCUGCCUACCUACACAGAAGUAAGACUCACUAGUUAGUGUGGCUUUAUUUGAAGGUAUAUAUUGUGGAAGAAAAUAUUGAAUGACAUUGGUAGUUGCAACCUUUGAAAAUAAAUGGCACAGAAUUUGCCACAUCUCUUCUAGAGAAGAUGAUUCAUUAGAUUUUCUUAUUCUUAAGAAACGGCACAUAUCUUAAGAUGGCAGCCCAGAGGAUUCGUGCUGCUAAUGCCAUUUGCCUCUCACGAUGCAAAUCUGAGGGGACGCUGAUAGAUCUGAGUGAAGAAUUUUCAGAAACCAGUUUUAGUUCUGUCAAAGUGCCUUCUCCUGGUGCCUUGAUGGGAGAUAGUCCUACAUCAUUUGGAACUGCAAAGGAAGUUGUAGCUAUUAAAGACUAUUGUCCAAACAAUUUUACUACAUUGAAGUUUUCCAAGGGAGACCAUCUCUAUGUCUUAGAUACCUCAGGAGGUGAGUGGUGGUAUGCACACAAUACCACAGAAAUGGGCUAUAUCCCAUCCUCCUAUGUGCAGCCUAUAAACUAUUGGAACUCUUCAUUAACUGACAGUGGAAUGAUAGACAAUCUCCUUGAAAGUUCUGAUGAAGGAGCAAAAGAGCUGGACCUGCUUGGAGACUGGUCAGAUGUGAAGUGGAACAUAACUAAAAGCAAUCCUUUUUUGAACAAUACUCAAACUACUAACCCUUUUCUGAAUGGAAAUAUGAAAGGAAUGUCAGAAAAAAACAAAGAGGGUUCCCCCCGAAUCACAGUGGAUUUGUUACUGUUUGAUACAGUGCCUACAUAUAUAGGGUCAAGUUCUGCAGCAAAUAGCAGUAUAGGUAAUAAUCUUGAUAAAGUGCCAUCAGUGAAUGGUGACUUUGAGCAACCAAGCAGACGAGACAAUCCUUUUUUUAGAAGCAAACGCUCAUACAGUUUAUCAGAGCUCUCUGUACUUCAGGCAAAAUCAGAAAGUCCAUCUUCAUCAGGUUUCUUCACUGGAUUGAAAUCUCCUACCCCAGAGCAAUUCCAGAGUAGAGAAGAUUUCAGAGUUGCAUGGCUAAGUCAUCGGAAACUAGCAAGAUCAUGCCAUGACUUGGAUCUGCUGGGUCAAAACCCUGGUUGGGGUCAGACACAACCUGUGGAGACCAACAUAGUUUGCAAACUAGAUAGUUCAGGUGGUGCAGUUCAGCUUCCAGAUACAAAUAUUAAUAUUCAUAUUCCUGAAGGACAUGUGGCUGAUGGAGAUACACAACAGAUCUCCAUGAAAGCUCUGUUGGAUCCACCUCUGGAGCUCAACAGUGACAAAUGCAGUACUAUAAGUCCUGUGCUAGAAAUUAAGCUGAGCAACAUGGAAAUCAAAACUCCCAUUAUAUUGGAAAUGAAAAUUUCAGCAGAAGUUAACAAUGACAUUGUGAGCAAGAAUUUUGUAGGAGUACAGUGCCUGCGGAGUGAUGUGAAGGAAGGCCCAUAUACUCCAGUGGAACUUAGUUACUGCUGCGGAGACACAAUCAAGAUUCAGUUGGAGAACCUGGAGCCCUGCAUGUAUAUAGCUGUUGUAGCCCAAGGACAGAACAUUUCAUAUCCUUACACAGUUUGGGAUUAUAUCAAUAAAAAAGUUACAGUUGGGGUCUAUGGUCCAAAACACAUACAUCCUUCCUUUAAGACUGUGGUUGCUGUCUUUGGACAUGACUGUGCCCCAAAGACUCUUCUAGUGAAUGAAGUUACACGUCAAGUACACUGUGCAGCACCUGUGGUGCUGCAUUUGUGGGGAAAGCACCAGUUCUCCUUAGUAAGGCCACAAGACCUAAAACUUUGUAUGUUUUCAAAUAUGCCUAAUUAUGAGGUAAAAGCCAGUGACCAGGCAAAAAUGGUGAGAGGAUUCCAAAUGAAGCUUGGCAAAGUCAGUCGCCUCAUCUUCCCCAUCAUGUCACAUGAUCCUAAUGAGCUGUCUGACUUUACAUUAAGAAUACAAGUCAAAGAUGACAAAGAUAUUAUACUGACUCAAUUCUGUGUGCAGACACCUCAGCCACCUCCUAAAAAUGUUACUAGGUCCACUGGACAGCGAAGGUUUCUGAAAAAAAAUGAGAUUGGGAAAAUAAUUUUGUCCCCUCUUGCGACCACCAGUAAAUAUCCAGUUUUCCAAGAUCGGACUGUAGCUGGUUUAAAAUAUGGCAAAAUGCUGAAAACAGUAGUGAGGCAAAAUAAGAACCAUUAUCUCUUGGAGUAUAAGAAAGGAGAUGCUAUAGCUUUGCUAAGUGAGGAGAAAAUCAAAUUGAAAGGUCAGCUCUGGACCAAGGAAUGGUACAUUGGUUACUAUCAUGGUAAAAUUGGCCUAGUCCAUGCUAAAAAUAUUUUAAUUGUUGGAAAAGUCAAGCCAAAUUAUUUCUUUGGACCUGAGCUUACCACAAGUAUGUUGCUGGAGCAAAUCCUGAGACCUUGCAAAUUUCUUACCUAUAUUUAUGCUUCAGUAAGGACUUUGCUCAUGGAAAAUAUUAGCAGCUGGCGUGCAUUUGCAGAUGCUCUGGGAUAUGGGAAUUUGCCACUUGCUUUUUUCUGUCGAGCAGAACUGGACAGUGAGCCAGAAUGUGUUGCUUCUGUGUUGGAGAAAUUGAAGGAGGACUGUAAUAAUUCAGAAAGUAAGGAUAAGAAAUCUUUCCAGAAGGAACUGAUGUCGGCAUUAUUGAAAAUGGACUGUCAAGGCUUGGUUGUCAGGCUAAUUCAGGAUUUUGUUCUUCUGACUACAGCUGUAGAAGUGUCUCAGCGCUGGAGGGAACUUGCUGAGAAAUUGGCCAGAGUUUCUAAGCAACAAAUGGAUGCCUAUGAAGCUCCCCAUCGGGACAAGAAUGGUGCAGUAGAUAGUGAGGCAAUGUGGAAACCAGCCUAUGACUUUAUGCUAACAUGGAGUAAUCAGAUGGGAGACAGUUACCGUGAUGUUACCCAAGAGCUGCACAUUGGUCUUGAUAAGAUGAAGAAUCCUAUUACAAAACGUUGGAAACAUCUCACUGGCACCCUCAUUUUAGUAAAUUCCUUGGAUAUACUACGAGCAGCUGCUUUUAGCCCACAAGAAGAGUAUGAUGAUUAUGCAAUCUGAUGGGGACUUUAGCCUUGUCAGUUCUGGUUGCUAUUUGUUAUUAAUCAAUUCAAGAAAAAGCUGUUCUGAAAAGCCGAAGUUUGGAGUAUGAUCCCUGAGCUAAAAACUUAGAUUUUCUCUUCCCCUUUGCAGAAAAUUCCAAGGCCAUGGUCUUUUCUAUAUUCCGUAGUGGACAACUUUUAAUAUGUUUAAAAUUGAACUAUUUUAGACAUUUGGAAGUACCAGACUGAAAGCUGAAAUCAUUUUGAUAAAGACAUUGUCAUUUUUACAUAACAUGGAAAACAGUUUCUUCCUUUUUAAAUUAUCACUUUGAAUCAUUAAUAUAUAGAAGCACAAAUAUAAUGUCUCCUUGUGAGGAUCUGGAUUAUUAUUAUUGUUACUGUUACUGUUAUUCUGAGAAUUGUCUUUCAAUCAGUUUUUAUUUCAGCACCUCUUGUGAUCCUGACAAUGAUAUAACCAUUCUGUAUGAUUUCUUUUUUUGUAAACUAUUUUUGUGAGAAAGGAUAGCCACACCUUUUCAAUUUAACCCAGAAUUUAGCACUGUGUUCAUGUGAAAGAUGUGUUUCACUCUUGUAUGCUUUAGAUCUAUGUCCAGAUAAGCAAAACAAAUUUGCCCUAAACAAUUUUCAUUAAAAAUAAAUAAACCUUAAUGAAUGCCAUUUAUGGAUAGAAGUACUACCUCCCUACAUUACCCCACAGUUUAUCUAACAGUAAUGUAUAUUUGUCUUCUCUAAUAGCAGAUGACUCUUCAGAAGUUUACAGUGUUGGGCUGUAUUUAAAAACAUGGAAGAUGUUCUGUUUUUCUUUGCUCUUUUGGGGCUGCAUCAGUUCAAAAUUGGAGGCUGUAUCUCAUAAUUAAGUCCUGCUAUAUAAAAAUAAAUAUACCACAUAAAAAUUAGGCCAGAGAAAAAUCUACAUUUGAAUUGUUUUUGUGAUCUAGACAAGGGGUCUCCUUUAAAGGGAAAAAGGUUCCAUUAUGUGUAGGCAUUAUGUGCAGUUUUUGAAGUGUACUUAACCUAGAAUAUAGAUUUACUAAGUAUUAGGCCUAUUUAUAACUGGGAACCUAAUUGGCCAAACAGAAGUGCUUGACUUGACAGUUGUUUGUUCAUUUGCAAGUUCUAGGUCAAUAUUGGUGUUGGCAAUAUAUGUUGUAUGAUAUGUAGAAUUAAUAUGGGCAACCAAGAAUUGAAAUGGCAUCAGUUCUGGGGCUUCAUUUAACCAUAUAAAGCUAUAUUUAAGUAAAUAAAUCCAGUUGUACUGCUUUCAAGUAAAA